GUACUAGUCUUUGUUUCUUGCAGGAUGGGGGGAAAAUGAAAAUAAAUACAGGCUGGCUUGAAUUAUGUACUGUCUGAGAGUGAGUGCUUCCCUGUCUCCCUUAGCUGUUCAGGGCAACAAUGAAGUGUCCAUGUGGGACAUGGAGACUGGUGACAGAAGACUCACUCUGUGGGCCAGCAGUGCACCGCCGCUUUCCGAGCUACAGCCUUCUCCUCACAGUGUUCAUGGUAUCUACUGCAGUCCUGCAGAUGGAAAUCCUAUCCUGCUAACAGCUGGCUCAGACAUGAAAAUAAGGUUUUGGGACUUAGCUUAUCCAGAAAGGUCCUAUAUUGUGGCAGGAAGUACUAGCUCUCCAUCUGUGUCCUACUACAGGAAAAUAAUAGAAGGCACUGAAGUUGUCCAGGAAAUUCAGAAUAAGCAGAAGGUAGGAUCAAGUGAUGACACCCCUCGAAGGGGCUCAGAGUCUCUGCCUGUGGGACAUCACGACAUUAUCACAGAUGUUGCCACCUUCCAGACAACUCAGGGCUUCAUAGUGACUGCUUCUAGAGAUGGAAUUGUAAAGGUGUGGAAGUAAGCCUUGUAUAAAUUGUAAAAUACACUGUGGCUCAACAAAAAGAAUUUCUGGAGAACAAAAUUUUCAUAAUGUCUGUAGUAACUGUUUCAAGUCUAAAACCCACCCAGAGUGGUUAAGGAAGUUGACUUUACUACUUUAUUCAUGCGUGUCUCUGCAAGACAACACUCUGGGGUGGUUAGAAGUUAGAAAUGUAAAGUGAAUGUGAUCUCGGUUUUAAGUUAUUGUAAAGUUUUUGUUAUUAAAAAUUCUAUUCAAAGUAAACUAUAUUCAAGCAUUCCAAGAGGUUUUGUGUUGUGUUUUCAAAUAGUAAAUGUAAGGGAAGAAGCGCUCCAGCAAUCCCACUUCUGAA